UGACUUGAUUGCAGAAAUGUCCGCUGAGUGGCGCGCCAGUCGGACGCGUCUACUAAGGCCAGACACCGAGCCAGUACAAGUCUGAAACCCAGCGUCGACGGACAUGCACGACGGAAUUCUGACCAAGUUCCUUCAGGAUGGUUGUUUGGUUCUGGAUGAUUUCCUGACGGAUAAGGAGGUGGAAGAGUUACGGAAAGCAGCAGAUGAACUCAUCCAGGACAUACCUACGGAAUCUCACAAAUCUGUGUUCAGCACUACAGAGGCUCAACAGAGGAAAGACAAAUACUUCCUCGACAGUAGCGACAAAGUGAGUUACUUUUUUGAGGGUGGUGCGGUGGAUGAGAAUGGGGAGUUACUGGUGGAACCCAAAAUAGCACUCAACAAAAUGGGUCAUGCACUGCAUUGGUUAAACCCCAUCUUCAAGAAAUACACAUUUUGUGAGAAGGUGAAAGAAACUUGUUUCCAGCUAGGGCUUGUGGAUCCUGUAGUUGUGCAGAGCAUGUACAUCUUCAAGAAUCCUGGUGUUGGCAGCGAAGUUAUAGCCCACCAAGAUGCUACAUUCUUGUACACAGAACCUGUAAAGUUGGUGGGUUUCUGGAUAGCUCUUGAUGACGUAACUCUAGAGAAUGGGUGCCUAUGGUAUGCUUCUGGAUCACAUCUGAGUGGUGUGCACCGGCGCUACACUCGGAAUCCAGAUCCUAAUUCUGAAGAAUUGCUAAUAUACAAUGCACCAGCCCCUAGCUAUCCAACAUCCAACUUCCAGCCAAUUUGUGUUAGUAAAGGUGCAUGUGUGCUGAUCCAUGGCCAGGUUGUGCACCGUAGCGAAGCAAACAAAUCGGAACGUUCUCGACACGCAUACACAUUUCACGUGGUCGACAUGAACGGAACUACUUACUCACCCGAAAACUGGCUCCAGCCAAAUCCGGAUCAGCCGUUUCCAGAAGUCUACAAGAAUUGAAAACGCAUUGGCAACACAAGGAACUUCAAGAAAUGAGAUAAAAUAUUUUUCCAUGCUUGACAGAAAUGUUUUAAUAAAUCAUAAAAAAAUAAAUCACUUUAUCAUAUAAAAAUUUGAGAA